CCUGUUGCUGCCCUUGCCCUGUCCCAUGGAGGCAGCAAUACCCUGCAAUCUCCUUGCGUCUCUGGCCAAGGAGCCAGGACAGGCCCUUAACCUCUGUUUUCCACAUCCUAUCCGUAAAAUGGGGAUAAAAGCAUCUUCCCAGCAGGCUUCAUAAUUGCUUGUAAAUCGCUUUAAUGCCCUGGGCUGAAAGGUGCUAAGUACAAGUCAUAUAAUUAUUUCAAGCAUAUUUCAUCAAGUUAGAAGAAACUAAUCCUAUCUCUGCUUUUAAAAAACCCACAACACACCACACUUUAACUGGAUAAGAGCCUAAUGACCAGCUUCUCCCAGGAGAAAAGGGAAAGCCUACACUGACAACAGUGCAAGAAACAAGUUACAAAUGCCCAGAUCAAUUAAUGGCAAAGAACACAUCACCUCCAGAGAAAACAGCAGUUGUUCACUUCGAAUGAACCAGAGGAACCUCGAGCUCACUGCCUGUGUCCCACUGGACAGAGGGGCUGGCACUGAUCCCCUCCUGCUCGGUCUCCCCCACUCUGUGCCAGUGAUGGAGGAGGCAGAUCUCAGUUUCAUCCUUCACUCUGUGCCAGCGCCAGGAUGAGCAGCAGCACAACUGCUGCGACAGGGAUGGACAGGAACACCAGCACCAGGGGCAUGGAGGGCCAGCACAGGAGCCCCAGCCAGGAGGCGGAAAAUAAGCAUGAGGAGAAGGUCCAGGAUCCUAACAGAGGGAAGGACGAGACCAAAGCAGAGAUGGGGAGCAAAACCUGGGCAGACCUGGCUGGGGAGAUGAAGAUAUUCCUGUGGAACCCGGAGGAGAGAACAUGCCUGGGGAGAACGGCCAAGAGCUGGGGCCUGAUCUUACUGUUUUACUUCGUUUUCUACACGUGCCUGGCGGGAAUGUUUGCCUUUUGCAUGUACGUGAUGCUGCUCACGCUGAGCCCCUACACGCCCAGGUUCCGGGACCGCGUGUCUCCGCCGGGAGUGAUGAUCAGGCCAUACUUGAAUGGGUUCACCAUUGCCUUCAACGUCUCUCAGCCCAACACGUGGCAGCCCUAUGUGGACAACAUGCACCACUUCCUAGCAGCUUAUGAUGACAAGGUUCAAGAAGAGAAGAACAUCGAGUGUGUCUCGGGACAGUACUUCAUCCAAGGGGGUGAUGAGAGUGAGGAGAAGAAGGCCUGUCAGUUCAAGCGCUCGCUGCUGCAGAACUGCUCCGGCAUCGAGGACCCAACGUUUGGAUACUCCAAAGGCCAGCCCUGCAUCCUGCUGAAGAUGAACCGGAUCAUAGGCUACCGCCCUGGUGCCGGGGUCCCUGUGAGCGUGGACUGCAAAGUGCAGAAAGGCAAUGAGAGCCAUCUCAGAUCCGUGGACUUCUACCCUGGGAACGGGACGUUUGACCUCAUGUAUUAUCCCUACUAUGGCAAGUUCACUCAUGUCAACUACACAUCCCCACUGGUGGCCAUGCACUUUACAGACGUGGAGAAGAAUCACUUGGUCCCCAUUCAGUGCAGUCUGAAUGGCAAAGGGAUUAUCAAUGACCUUAACAGCGACCGCUUCCUGGGCCGAAUCAUCUUCACACUCAGCAUUGGGAAGUAGCCACUGCCAACACCAGGCACUUAGGUUAAGUCAAUCAGAGCCUUUUUCCUUUUUAAAGCAUCAAGCCAGCAUUUUUUCAGCUAGGAAAAACAGGCACAUGGAGAUUAUUGUUAAUUUAUUUUUGGUUCAUAGUUAGGAAACAAAUGAAAAGCAACGGAGCAUGGAUCCACGUUUUUCAUCACCUGAUGUAAAUCAUUAUUAGUAAAAAUUGAGUUAUGUCCUGGGCAGAGAACCUGCAAAAGCAUUUCAGUUUUGAUUCAAAAAAAUUCUGGUAUCCGAAAGCUACUUUCAUAAGGUCUGUUACAAGUGACCCCUGUGGAAUGCAUUUUUCCAUAGUUUUAUGUGCAUUUCUCAGGCAAAAGCUAACACGAGGGCAGUUUAUUAGCACUAUUAUUGUUAAAAUAAUAAACAGCAAAAAAUCUGGAUUAUGCCUGCAAUAACUGAGUUAAAAAGCGAAAAUGGCAGUUUCUCAAAAUGCCUUCCAGGAUCUUCGGCACCAGAAGGAUCUUGACUGCAGCGUUUUACACAGCUUGUUCAGCACACCCAAGGUGUUGAGCAAGGGCCACGUAGAAAAUCAUUUGCCCUUGAACCUUUCCAGCUGUUCCUUUCUGAUGUGGGAAGAUUAAUGUGUUUGUCCCUCCCUCCUCCUCACUCCAGUACUUCUCUCUGCCCCAGGAAUCCUCAUCAAGUCUCUCAGGCAGGGCCAAGCGAAAGGAGCUCUCUUGUUACGGUUCACAGCUUGGCAGUGCCUCAUUCCUUGCCCUGAUCAGGCACAGAAGUGCCCAGAGCUUCCAGACUGGUUCUUCCCUGUUCCAGAGAGGCCACAGCUCUAACGCUGCAGCCACCGUGGGGAAACGCUCAGUGCUUUAACUGUUAAAGGGUCACUGUGGAUAUUGAUGCAGCCACCAGUUCACCAUCCCCAGGGGUGAUGGAGCACAUCUGUCCCGGUGCGAGCAGAGCACUGCCACCCACAGCAACCUCUGCUGCACCACUCGACCCUCCCAGCCCUCCUGUCUGAGACAGGAACUGCACUCUGCGUGUUGGGAGAUACCAGAACGCAGCAGGACAGGACACCUUGGGAUAAUGCACUAGUUGGAAAGCACACUUACUAAAAUUACUGACUGAACAGGAGCAUUAUGGUAUGUUUGUCCUACAUCCUAGUCCAGGUACUUAAUCUGCCGUCAUUUCCUGAUCUAUAUAAGUCUCUAAGAAGUAAUUUUUUUGUAUUAAAAAUAAAGUGACUACAGUAAAAUUAACUCUGUGGUAGCAUUCUUCAAA